AUGGAAACGGACGACAUAUUGAAAAUGAAAUUCAAUCAAAAUACUCCUCAUAUGUCGAUUGAAAAGGUUUAUGGUACUUCUUUGAAAAUGUCAAAUCAUUUUGAUGUUCAAGGUAAUUAUAUUGCGUACACUGCUAGCGGUGGAGUCGUAUUAUGCGAAAUAGAUUUCGUAACUACUGGUAUCAUCAGACAGAGGUUCUUCUGUGCAAAUAACAAUUCUAACUUCAAUGGUGUGAGUCCAAAUUCUGCCAAUGCUUAUUUGAACAUGGCUUAUCCAGAUCUCAACAAAUCUGGUUCCGUCUUACCUACAAAAAAAGAUCAAUAUGGUUAUGCUAUGUAUUCUGAGCCAUUAAUUAUAACUGGGAAUGAAAACAAUGUUAACGUGAAAAAGAAUAUGAAUGAUGUCGCAGAUAAUGAAUUAUCUCCAAGCAAAUUAAAAGACAGAGUAAGAUCAGUAACUUGCCUAAAGAUCUCUCCUAACAAGAGACUUUUGGCCGUAGGAGAAAGCGGUUAUCAACCAAGGAUUCUUAUAUUUUCUUUGGCCUCUGAUCUGACUUGCUCACCAAUAGCAAUGAUAUAUGAACAUUCGUUUGGCAUAAACUCCAUCCAAUUUUCCCCCGAUCUGAAAUACUUUUGUUCGUUGGGACUUAUAAAUGAUGGAUUUCUAAAUGUUUGGAAAAUUGUAUCUAACACAUUUACAUUGCAUUCAAGUAAUAAAUGCUCUUCCAUAAUCAAUAGAGUAAUAUGGCAUGAAAAUUUCAUUAUAACUUUGGGUGUGAGACUAAUUAAGGUAUGGAAACAUAACACAGAAUCUGCUGCUACGAAGCCGAAUAUUCUCAAGGGAAAGAACGUUGUCCUAGGGCCACUUCUCAAUGCAAAUUUUGUCUUUGGCGAAGUUCUAAAUGAUGCUGAAUUGAUAAUCGGUACAUCUGAUAAUCAAUUGUUACUACUCAAUCUUGACUAUAAUAAUCUCAAGUUAAUUAGCUUGGAUUCCCCGAAUUUAGAGUUCAAAUCGAUGUCAAUAGACUAUGAAGAUGAAAAAAUUUGGUUUGGAUCGAAAGACGACAAAUUUGAGAGCAUAAAGAUAUUCAGCUUAAAGCCUUCGACUAAUUUAUCUUCAUCAAAAAGCUUCAUCGAAGAAGAAAAAUGCACAUUCAAAAGUCCUUUCAAAAGCGUUCAAAGUAAUUAUUCCUUCAGUUUAAAUAAACAAUUCAUUAUAUUUAUUUCAGAAAUGGGAGAAAUAUUACUAAUGGAUAAGUCCAGCAAGCUCACGUCGCCUUUGAUUCCCUCAUUGUUUAAAGACUUGCUGGGUGCAAAGGUUUGCUCACUGGGCGACUUACUUUUCUUUUCACGCCAAGGAAAAAUCAAGAAACUAAUACUGUCUAAUGACAACUUUGAAAAUAUCAUGGAUUUCAACUUGCCAUCUACUGAAAUUCUUUCAAAUGCGUUGACAGCUAUAGAAUUUGAUGGCCUGAAUAUGGUUUUAGGCGACAGAUUUGGCCAAAUAUACAUAAUCGAAUUAUCUGAGUCGACACAGUAUCAGAUUUCAUUUCAAACUAAAGCGCAUUCGAGCAGUGUAAACGAUAUUCAAUGUUUCAAAAUUGGAAAUACUUCUUUUGCAGUCAGCAUUUCAAGAGACAGAAUGAUCCAAGUAUUUUGCAAGAUCACCAACGAAUGGGAGCUAUUACAAACCAUCCCUAUUCAUACUGGGAAUUUACUAAAGGUGUUAUACCAUGAUAGAAGAAUAUACAUCAGCUCUUCUGACAGAACAAUUUCGAUUCAUGCAUUUGAAAUACACAACAACGAAGUAAAGAUCACUCAAGAGAAAAUCAUUGCGACAAAAUCAGCUCCAAUCAACAUGAACAUAUUUGGAAACGACUUUGUUGUCUCUACUAACGAUAAGAACAUCUUAAUCUACAAAAUAAACGAGGGUCUUGAAUACAAAAGAUCUUUGAAAUUGACCAGCGAAAAGGCGAACGAUACUCUUUUAGUUGAACAUUUUGUCCUUUACAAUGGCUUGAUUGUUUUAUCUGCUUCAGAUAAGUCGUUAAGAAUUUUUGAUUUUAAUAAUGGAAAUCUUAUGUCUACUGUUUGGGGACAUCUGGAAAGCAUAUUGAACCUAAUUCGAUUACCUGAAAACAAUAUAGUUUCCAUAAGUGCGGAUGGCUGUAUGUUUAAAUGGUCGUUGUUUGAGUCAAGCAACUUAGCAUCAAGCAUACAAUCUCAACAUUCAGAUAACGAAGAAUCAACGCCAUUACAAGCUAAGGUUACUAGAAAGAUUUUACUGUCUUCGCCAUUUAGAUCAACUCAUUUCAAGCAAAACGAUAAUGAAGAUACUCUGCUUUCACCACUCUCGCCAUCGCCAAAAGUAUCAUCUUCCCCCAGAUUAUCAAAGGCAACAUUAAAAAGAAUAGAGGCAAAAAAACUAUCUGCAUUUGAGAAGGGAUCUUCUAUCCCUGAACGAUUACAACCGCCUAUCUCUAACUUGAGCCCAUCGCCAGGUAACAAGUUAAAGACUGCGACCGCUUCGCUCUCGAGAUCACCAUCUAGGUCACCACUGAGAUCACCAUUAAGGAAAAACUCAAGUGAAACUACAAAAAUUAAUCUUACCGGCUCACAAAACACAAAUAAAAAAGAUUUUGAUGCAUAUAUGAAAACGCUAAUAUCAUUAGAGAAAUUUUUGAAAACAUCUCUGCUUUCUCAGCAGUCGAGGGAACUAAUGGCCUCCCAAAUGAACUCAAUAAUUGCACUUUUGGAUGCUGACGAUCUGCUAACUUCCAACUUUGAAAAGAUGACUGUUAGCGACAAUCAUUCGUUGAAACGAGAUUUGAAGUCAGAUAAUUCAGAAUAUAGCGAGGAAGAAAUUUUGAAUAGACUUGGGGACAAAUUAAUUUCAAUAUUUGAAAGGAAAAUUGAACAAAGAGUCUUCCAGCCUCUUAGUCUAAAUUCAAUUCAUGAACCGAAGCAAUCCAUUAAAAAAACACUAAAUUUAGAUGAGAUUGAUUGA